ACUGAUGGCGUGUCCCAAAGUGGGAUGUCGAGUUCUGUCAACGGAGCGAUGGAAGGAAGGACACAUGCAGAGAGUUUCAGACAGACAAGACCACUCUCAGGCUGUACAGUGCAGUGCGUAGUGUACUGGACAGCAUGGAAGGGAAGGAAGACGGGGGGGUAGAGUAGAGAGUAGAGAAGGUACGUGGUUGGGGAUGGACCAUGAGUGCAGCUGAGCUCUAUAGAAUGGCUUCCCAUGACUGGGUUUGAGUGGACAGAAAGUUAAUGAGGUCCGGUUUCCAGUCGCUAGUGGUUGUCGCCAGCUGUUUGUUGGGAAGGUAAUUUCGCAAGCGCGCGGUUAGUCGAGUUACAGUACACAUUGACGACGACGUUUGUCGUUCAUUGUUUGGUUGUCCCCAGGGCUUUCGUCUGGUGAUCAUCGGCUCAGAGGGGGGGGAGCGACUUUCACAUUUUUGGGAUGUACGAGCUCCUUGCUUCGUAGACUUCUACAGUGAACCAUAGGUGCUAAGCCACGGCAACAUGUCGGCGAUAGUUACGCGUUUUGAACGGCCGGUGACGACCCCCGUACUCAUCAUCACGUCGCUCCAAGAGAAUUUCCCACAUGCGUUGCGCUGGUAGGAAACUUACGACGACAGUCUAGACCGACGCUAACGCAGACAACCCCGACGCCGACAGCCACCAGACUACCGCAGCUGCUGUUAGAUCGACGCAGUGAAGUAGCCAGUCAACCCUCCGAGACGCCGACACGAUGCUGGCUCGUACAGCAGCCAUGGCUCGCUGUUCCACGUCGCCAGCAUCUGCAGUCGUGAUUUCCUUCGCUUUCCUUCUCCUCGCGUCGAUGCCGCGCGCCGUGGCUCCGACGACCAUGACCACCGCUCAAAUGGACGUGCUGCUGGCGAUGAAGUCGGCUCUGGGCGUGACGCUGACGUCGUGGCAGUCGGCGUCGACGGAGUGCACGCUGGAGGGGCAGACAAAGCAGGGCAGUGAGUGGGACGCCGUGGACUGCGAUGCCGCCGGCAACGUCGUUUCCUUGAACUUUCACAUGCAGCCACUGACGGGAAGCGUGCCGGCGGACAUCAGCAAGCUCUCGGCUCUCACGUUCCUCAACCUGUGCUACAACCUCCUCCACGGAAGCUUUGAGCCGUGGACCACGACCCUCAUGCAGAUGCCUCAGAUCCAAGACCUAAGAAUCUGCAACAACUGGUUCUACGGCACCAUCCCAGCCACCAUCUCCAAGCUCACACAGUUAUCGUUUCUAGCCCUCCUCACCAACUACCUCGUCGGUACCAUCCCGCCGCUGCCCGCGACCCUGCAGCACAUCGACGUCCAGAGCAACUUCCUCACGGGCCCCUUCCCCUUCUCCGCGCCCACCCUCUUGUGCUCCAAGAACUGCUUCACUGACAACAUCCCCACCUGCCUCCCCUCUACCCAGCGCCCCGCCGCCGACUGCGCGUUCUGCGGGGGGGCGGGGGCGGCGGGCAUGUGCCGGGGGUAUCUUGAGGGGUGCAUGCCGGACACCACAGGGGUGGUUGGCCCCAAUGUGUGGGCCUCGCCGCUGCUCCCACAGUUCUGUGCAGCGGUCCCGAUUCUCCCUGCUGCUCAGUCUUCUGUGCUGAUGGCGCUCAAGUCGUCGCUCGGUGUGACGGACUCCACCUGGGGGGCCACGGGGAAGUGCACAGGGGAGAAGGCCACCCAGGCCUCCCCCUACUGGUCUGGCGUCAGAUGUGCGGAUGAUGGCUCUGUUGUGAGCAUCGCCCUGCUCAACCGAGGCCUCAAGGGAGCCCUGGACUCCUUCAUCUCCGUCCUCUCCACGCUCACUUCCCUCGACCUGAGUUCCAACCUAUUCAAUCAGCCGUUGCACAGCUUCCUCUCGGGCCUCUCUUCCCUCACCUUUCUAAAGCAGCUGCUGCUCGGCUACAACUGGUUCUACGGCUCAAUCCCCGCCACCAUCUCACAGCUCACCAGCCUCACCGGCCUGUCCCUCUUCUCCAACUACCUGACUGGCUCGCUCCCCUCCCUGCCCUCCUCUCUCGUCGCCCUAGACGUUGCCUACAACUUCCUCUCGGGCUCCCUCCCCUCGCUCCUCUUGAACCUCAAGCUCUGUGCCGCCGAGCACAACUGCCUCACCCCCGACGCCAACUCCCCCUGCCGCUUCUUCGGCUACAUCCAGCGCCCCGCAGCAGCGGCAGGUGUGGCAGGGGCGUCUGCCACAGAGCGGUGUGCGGUGUGCGGGAUAGGGACGGAACAUGAGGGGAGUGCGUGCUGGGAUGGGGUGUGCGCCGCGACUGUGAGUCCGGCGGUGGUGGCUGGAGGGCCGAAUGGUCCAGCCAAAGCAGUGCUCGAUCUUCAAUGCACUGGCAACACUGAAGCCUCGAUGACUGAUGGCACAGUGGCCGCUCUUCUGAGCCUCAAGUCGGCCCUGGGAGUGACCUCCACAACUUGGAGCAGCGCCUACCCGUGCGCCGUGCUGGGCUCUUCGGGGACCUACUGGAGUGGGAUCGCGUGCGACAACCAGGGCAAUGUGCUGCACCUUGACAUGCCCAAUUCCAAGCUGAAGGGGUCCAUGGCAGCUGAGAUCAGCAUGCUCACAUCCCUCACUCGCAUAAGCCUGUACACCAACCUAUUCUGGAUGCCCCUAGACUCCUUCACCUCGCACUUCACGUCCCUCUCCAACCUUAUCGUACUUCAGCUUUACUACAACUGGUUCUACGGAUCGAUACCCUCCUACCUGCUCGCUCUCCCCAGCCUUACAAAAGUAGCCCUUUUGGGCAACUACCUCACAGGCUCCGUCCCCGUGCCCAUCUCUACCGCCCUCUCCAGGCUCGUCUUAAGCUACAACUUCCUCUCGGGCUCAGUGCCAUCUCACCCCUACAGCUCCUGUGAAGCUAUCUACAACUGUUUCGCUGACUCGUCCACAUGCACCACCACUGGCACCGUGCAAAGGAGCACAGGCUGUGCUAUAUGUGGGUCGGUAGACGGGUCGGGUACCCUGUGUGGGGGCACGGGUGUGUGUAAACCCGACGCGUCCGUGCCGCUCUUGCAGGAAAGCCCGAACCUUAUCGCCUCACCUCUCAUCAGCUUGGCUUGCGUUUAAAGCAUGUUUUUUAUGGAUUGAUAUUGCAGUGUUCAUGUGAAUUAGAGCUUAUCAGUUGCAUGUUUGUCGGUCAUUUGGAGUAGUGAAGUUGGCUUGGCU